UAACAAAAGAGAAAAAACAACACCACGUCUCUCACGAUUCCGUUAGGCUAGAAAGCACCGUGAGCCCAAUUUAUUCAUUGUUGGAUCUAACCAGGGGGGUGUAUAGAACUCUGGGUUUGAAAGGGGAAGAGAAAGAGAGCAUUUGUUUCGUUUUACUAAAGAAGAAGAAGAAGAAGAGAAGCAGCUCUCUGUAGUAUUGGGUGGCUCUUCUUCACAGUUUUCAGAGCCAAGUCUCUUGCAAUUCUCCUCUCUUUCUCGCUAACCAAACAUGGGAUUUUGAAUGAGAUUGGAGAGAGCUGGAUAAAUGUUGAGGAUCUGUAACUUUUAAGAAGACAGAUUUAUAGGCACAUUUGUAGUGAUUUGAAAGUGUUUUUUUCACAAGGAAGGAGUUCCACGCCGGAUUCUGAUUUUGAAGAUUGGCUUCGGUUGAUUGAGUUUUAUAGAGAGAAGGUUUCGGAGCUUGUUUUAUUACUUACAGGUUCAGACACAUUGGGAAAGAUAUAACAAGUUUCAGAGGGGAUUUGGAGGAUUUCUUGACAGAGUGUACUGUUAGAGGAUACAAUUUAAAUCAGAUUUCUUGAUAUACAGAGAUUGGAAUCUGACAUGAAAAGUCCUUUGAAAUGUCAUAAGAGUCGUUUCGUCAAAAUCUGAAUGAUAUCUGUAUGAGAAUCCGGGUUUUGAUUUUGCAGUUUAACUCUCAAGAUUGACAGUUUCCUAAAUUGCAAUUUACUUGGCGACUCUCUCUCUCCCCUGUUAUAAAAUAAAGCAGCAACUGAUUUCUCUGCUUUUGCUCUCCCGCAGUCUACAGUGUUCCAAGAACGAUCAUUUUCUGUGGUAUUCAACUCGAUUGAGAAUCAAUUCAACAGAUUAGAAGUUACCGGGUGUAGAAGAGUAAAUGGAAAAGGACUCGUUGAGGAGCACCAAUAAUGGUAGCACGAGCACCACCACCACCACCACCACCAGUGCCCAGAGAACCAGCUUAGAUCCCAUUAGGCAAACGACGUCGUCUGAUCUUGUCUUGCAGUGGGGGAACCGGAAGCGGCUCAGGUGCAUGAAAGUCCAAGUCAAGGACGUUUCGACCACCCCGGUUCAUAAGACAACAGUUCGUGUGGACCGUCGGGUUGUUAGAGCUGAUAAUAAAGAUAAAGACAGUACUUGGUAUCACCCGAGCAGCACAAAUAAUAAUAAUAGCAAUCACAGCAACGGAUAUUCUAAUCUCCGUCAACGUCUGUCUCCGCCUCCUCCGCCUUCUCCGCCGCCCCCUCAGCGGAUUUUAAGGAACUCGGAGAAUUCAAGUGCCAUGAGAGGAGGCCAGAGUAACGGUGGUGGUCUGCGUAGGAUUGCUUCACCAGACAAGGGUGCGCACGAUAAGAGAAGUAACAACCAUACCAACCACCACCACCACAAUAGCAGCAAAGACCAUGAGAGUCAUAACAAUAACAAAUCAGCGGCAUCUUCGGAUACCAAGAAAGGAGGAGGGUCAUCUUCUGGGGGAAGUGGAGAAGCACCACCACCACCACCACCACCAGUUUGGCCACCAAAGUUUGUUAUUGCUUUAACUAAUAAAGAGAAAGAAGAAGAUUUCUUUGUCUUUAAAGGAUCCAAGUUGCCUCAAAGACCCAAAAAGAGAGCCAAAUUCAUUCAGCGCACCCUCAAUCUUGUGAGCCCCGGAGCAUGGCUAUGUGAUUUGACACUAGAACGUUAUGAAGUCAGAGAGAAGAAGAUCACCAAGAAGAGACCAAGAGGGUUGAAGGCCAUGGGAAAUAGAGACUCUGACUCUGAGUAGAAGAAAGAAAACUCUGGACGAAUCACAAAUGUACCUUCUUAGCCUUCUCUAGGAAGAAGAUAGACAACAAAUCAUCGUUGGAAAUUGUUUUUUUUUUUUUAGGAUGUAAGAAAGAUGUCUGUAGUGCCCUGCCGUGUAAAUCGCCACCUUUCACCUCCUGCAAGAAUGAAAAGUAGAAAAUUUCAGUCA